UCUGCUCAUCAGGCAAGUCAAAAGGGGGCCGCUUGCGGGAGCACACCAACCCGAGACGCUAACCCAAACCCAAUCAGACCCGAUGGGCGCCGCACCGCCGGACUCCGGCGACCUCAUCGUGGUGGAGCCGGCGAGGCCGGGGUCCCCGGUCGCCGUGGUGACCAUCAACCGUCCCGCGGCGCUGAACGCGCUGACGAAGCCCAUGAUGGUCUCCCUGGCGGCCGCGUUCCGGCGGCUGGGCGCCGACGACGCCGUGGCGGCGGUCGUGCUCGCGGGCCGCGGCCGAGCGUUCUGCUCCGGGGUGGACCUGACGGCGGCGGAGGACGUGUUCAAGGGCGACGUCAAGGACGUCGCCACCGACCCCGUCGCGCAGAUGGAGCUCUGCCGCAAGCCCAUCGUCGGCGCCAUCGCGGGGUUCGCCGUCACCGCCGGAUUCGAGAUCGCCCUCGCCUGCGACAUCCUCGUCGCCGGACGCUCCGCCAAGUUCCUCGACACCCACGCCAAGUUUGGGAUAUUUCCCUCCUGGGGUCUUUCACAGAAGCUUUCUCGCAUCAUUGGGCCUAACAGAGCACGGGAAGUGUCACUAACCUGCAUGCCAGUUACUGCUGAAAUGGCAGAGAGGUGGGGGCUUGUUAACCACAUAGUGGAUGACAAGGAGGUGCUGAAUAAGGCAAUAGAGGUUGCUGAGGCUAUUGCAAGGAACAACCCCAACUUAGUUUUGUUAUACAAAUCGGUUAUAAAUGAUGGGUUUCAGCUGGACUUGAAACAUGCUCAAGCACUUGAAAAGGAAAGAGGUCACAAGUAUUACAGUGGCAUGACAAAAGAGCAAUUCGCGAAUAUGCAGAAAUUCAUUCAGGGCCGGGGUUCUAAACCACAAUCAAAGCUGUAGCUUUUCGACGCCGUGUUCUGUUUGUCACUGAACGGUCAGUGUACGGUAUACAGCUGCUAAUUCGUGUUCUGUUAUUCUGUAGUUUGAAAAAUAAAGGUGUGCCAAUGUGACAAUAUGCAUAGACUGUCUGCUCAUGUAUUACAGAAAGAGCUGCGUUCUUUUACAUUCAAAGGUCCUGAUCAAUGAUCGCCAGCGUGCAAACAUGUGUUGUAUUUACCUGACAACCUCUGCUGCUUUCUCUUCUCACUCUGUGAUGCUAAAUAGGUAGUCACUGUUGCUGGGA